CAAAUUCCGAGAAUUGAGCGGUGUUGAUUCUUAGAACUGGGGUUCUUAGAAGUGGUGAUGCAAGGAGUUUCUAGGAAAGCGCGGAGACCAGGUCUGAAAGCAACUUUUGGACUGUGAAUCGAAGCACGAGGACAGACACAAGAUGGCGUCUCCGGCCGACAGUUGCAUCCAGUUCACCCGACACGCGAGCGACGUCCUUCUCAAUCUCAAUCGCCUGAGGAGCAGGGAUAUCCUGACGGACGUGGUGAUCGUCGUCAACCGGGAGCAGUUCCGAGCCCACAAGACUGUCCUGAUGGCCUGCAGCGGCCUGUUCUACAGCAUCUUCACGGACCAGCUCAAGUGCAAUUUGAACGUCAUCAACUUGGACCCCGAGGUCAACCCCGAAGGCUUUGGCAUCCUCCUGGAGUUCAUGUACACCUCCCGCCUCAACUUGCGGGAGAGCAACAUCAUGGCCGUCAUGACCACCGCCCUCUAUCUGCAGAUGGAACACGUCGUGGAUACCUGCCGCAGGCUUCUCAGCUCCAGCGAGGCAGAGAUGAUGUCUGCUGUGAAAACUCCCCGGGAAGAGUUCUUGGCGAGUCGGAUGCUGAGUCAUCCCGAGAUGAUGGCGUACCGGACCAGGGACAUGUCAGAGAACGGCAUGCCUCUUCGAAACGGGCCCGUUUGCGAUGGGCGAGCCUUUCCCACGAGCUUGUACAGCGGCCUGUCCGGGUCGCCCCUCUCCUACACUGGAUACAGCCCCCUGCCUGUCAACGGCUACCUUUUCUCCGACGAAGAACUGAGAGAGUCGAGAAUGCCCUUGUCGGACGUUUCGAGAGCCAACUUGUUCCCGCGGGAGCGGCCGCUGCCCUGCAACACCUCCCGGGCCGGCGCCCCCGAAUACACCCGACCCGUCGCCGACGCCUGCCCCAACGCGUGCCACGCCGCCGUCUACUCCCCGAAAGAGGCCGCCGCCGACGAAGUCAAGGGUGACGCGCACUACAGUCCGGGCCCCAAGCCGGCAGCUCCCCUAGCCCGCAAUGCCCCCUACUUUGCGUGCGACAAAGUGAGCAAGGAGGAGGAGAAGUCGUCCGGGGAGGAAGAGAUGAGCCAGCGCUUUGAGCCGACGAACGCCCCAAUGAAUCGCAAGGUGCUCACCAGCCCGCAGAGCCCUCAGAAGUCGGACUGCCAACCCAACUCGCCCACCGAGUCCAGCAGCAGCAAGAACGCCCGCAUCAGCCAGAGCUCGGGGCCCCCGUCGGCCAAGAGCCCCUCCGACCCCAAGGCCUGCAACUGGAAGAAGUACAAGUUCAUUGUGCUCAACUCCCUCAACCAGAGCGCCAAGCAAGAGAGCCCCGACCACAACGAGGCCGGGAGCCUUUCUCCGCGCUCGUAUGGGCCCUCCCUGACUUGCCAACAGUCCAUGGAGCCGGAGAACAUGGAUGUGCAAUCUCCCAGCAAGAUGAGUGUUCAUGGGGAAGAUUCGACAAUCCCCCAGGCGAGCCGGCUCAACAGCAUUGUGAACAGGUCCCUCGACGCCUCCCCCCGGAGCAUGGAGGGCCAGUCUCCCCUGUAUCUCCACUCCUCCAAGUGCAGUUCCUGCGGCUCGCAGUCCCCCCAGCAUUCAGAGAUGUGCCUUCAUACCCCCGGCUCAAACUUUGGAGAAGAGAUGGGGGAAACGCGGUCCGAGUACUCCGAUUCCAGCUGUGAAAACGGAACCUUUUUCUGCAACGAAUGCCACUGCAGGUUUUCCGAAGAGACUUCCCUCAAGAGACACUCCCUCCAAAUGCACAGUGACAAGCCCUACAAGUGUGAUCGCUGCCAGGCCUCCUUCCGCUACAAAGGGAACCUAGCCAGCCAUAAAACCGUCCACACAGGCGAGAAACCCUACCGGUGCGGCAUUUGCGGGGCCCAGUUCAACCGGCCAGCCAACCUGAAGACUCACACACGGAUCCACUCCGGAGAGAAGCCGUACAAGUGCGAGACCUGCGGCGCGAGAUUCGUCCAGGUAGCCCAUCUCCGCGCCCACGUCCUGAUCCACACCGGUGAGAAGCCCUACCCAUGUGAGAUCUGCGGCACCCGCUUCAGGCACCUCCAGACCCUCAAGAGUCACCUUCGGAUCCAUACCGGAGAGAAGCCGUACCAUUGUGAAAAGUGCAACUUGCACUUCCGCCACAAAAGUCAACUUCGCCUCCACCUUCGCCAAAAGCACGGGGCCAUCACCAACACGAAAGUGCAGUACCGGGUUUCGACAGCAGAGGUCCCUCCAGAGCUCCCUAAGGCUUGCUGA